AUAUAUAAAGUCUUGAAUAAGCUUAUUAAAUAUUCAAAGUACAGAAAAAUAAAAUUGUAAAUUUUGAUAGAAUCCAAAACUAGACAUGUGAAAGGAAGAAAAAAAGGUGGUUAUAGUGAAGCUAGAUACAGGACCAGAGAUGUCACCUGAGAGUUCUUUAAACGCUGAAAUGUCCAAGAAGAUAUCAUUUUUUGGUUUAAAGGGGUUGAAGUUGUGGGUAUGGGUAUGUUUGGUAGUUGGAGUAUUCAUUGUUAUGAUUCUCUGCAUCUUGUCUCUAUGGAUCACAUUCCGCCGGAAAUCUAGAAGAUCUUCAAGCAAGUUUCCUUUCAACCAAAUACCACAUGUGUCCAAAGAUAUCAGAGUCGACAGGGCUGGGUUUCAGAAUCCUCACCCUGAAAGUUUAUAUAUAGAAAUGAAUGAUAAAUCCACCGGAAAAACGAUGAUGUCUCACUUGGGAAGAACCAAGUCUAGUGAUAAUGAUACUUUGAGUCAGUGUAGCUCUGUGAAUCACCAUGAGAGAACUUGUAGUUCUCAUUCUGGUGAAGAAGGAGGCUUUGGAAGUGCUGGCAGACAGUAUGGAGGAGGACCUGUAACAGCAUCUCCUUUGGUUGGUUUACCAGAAAUAUCCCAUCUUGGUUGGGGACACUGGUUUACUCUUAGGGAUCUUGAGCUAGCUACCAACCGUUUUGCUGCAGUGAAUGUGCUUGGAGAGGGUGGUUAUGGAGUAGUUUAUAGGGGUAAACUUGUUAAUGGUACCGAGGUUGCAGUAAAGAAGCUUCUGAACAAUCUAGGGCAAGCUGAGAAGGAAUUUCGCGUAGAAGUUGAGGCUAUUGGUCAUGUACGACACAAGAACCUUGUUAGGCUUUUAGGAUAUUGCAUAGAGGGAGUUCAUCGGAUGCUUGUUUAUGAGUAUGUUAAUAGUGGUAACUUAGAACAAUGGCUACAUGGAGCAAUGCGGCAGCAUGGAAAUCUCACUUGGGAGGCACGGAUGAAGAUCAUUACCGGUACUGCACAAGCGCUUGCUUACUUACAUGAAGCAAUAGAACCAAAAGUGGUCCACAGAGACAUAAAAGCAAGUAAUAUAUUGAUUGAUGAUGAGUUUAAUGCAAAACUCUCUGACUUUGGGUUAGCCAAGCUCUUAGACUCGGGUGAGAGUCACAUCACUACCAGAGUCAUGGGUACCUUUGGAUAUGUAGCACCAGAAUAUGCUAAUACAGGUCUUUUAAACGAAAAGAGCGAUAUAUAUAGCUUUGGUGUCUUGCUUCUUGAAGCUGUAACUGGUCGAGAUCCAGUUGAUUAUGGACGUCCUGCUAAUGAGGUGAAUCUUGUUGAAUGGCUAAAGAUGAUGGUUGGAACAAGAAGAGCAGAGGAAGUUGUGGAUCCAAGACUUGAACCUAGACCUAGUAAAAGUGCUUUGAAACGUGCACUUUUGGUUUCCCUUAGAUGUGUUGAUCCUGAAGCACAGAAACGUCCUAGAAUGAGUCAGAUUGCUCGGAUGCUUGAAUCCGAUGAACACCCUUUUCACAAGGAGAGGAGGAACAGAAAGAGCAGAACCGCGAGCAUGGAGAUUGUUGAGACCAAAGACGAAUCUCUUGGACCUAGCGGUGCAGAGACUCACAUUACAAAGCCUGAGAAGACUUGUGAAUAAGAAAUAGAUGAGGCGCAAAAGC